UGCAAAUGCAAUGUAAUCAAGCUCUCGCUCAUGCAGAACUGCCAAGAUUUGCAUAAUCUUUUUGGUGUGGGAAAACAAAAAUUGAAAUUAAAAUCGAAUAAAUUUCACUGCUUGUUAGCGAUACAUGAAUGCUUGGGAUGAUGGAAUCGAGGCGAUCGCGUGUUGAUUAAGACAACAGACCCGUUCUGAGACGAAGCUGUAGUCUGCAUUGUUAGCGUUCUUCGAAGCAAUAGAGGUCAUGUAAAAUCUGGCUUCGUACAUGCACACGUUUCUCGCAGCGGCUCAGGAAGACGAUUGAACUUUUACCGGCGACGAUCCAAGGAAGCACGAUUGAACUCUACCAAACUAAACUCCACAAGCCAUGCUAAUUCAGUUAAUGUUUUUAUUGGCGGCUUUCAAGCCUGGCGUGAUCGAAGGUGUUUACUUUCCAAGCCCAAAUUUACCGCUGGAGCCAAGAGUGAAUGAGUCUAGUCCUCCUGGAACGUUCAUUGCAAGUGUGCAAGCUGUGGCCUUGACAAAUACUGGGGCUCAAAUCACUUAUUCCCUUACAAAUGACAAAGGAUGGUUUGAAAUAAACAGCACGACUGGUGUUAUUACUGUUGCAAGAACUUUGGACAGAGAGGGAACGUCGUCGUCGAUUCGGUUUGACGUGGUUGCUUCUAAAAGCGACGAAUCUAAUAAGGGUACAAAAAUUAUCUUUUGCACUGUGCUGGACUUGAAUGAUAACUAUCCACAGUUUGAAAACUUGCCAUAUCAAGUCAACAUUUCUGAGAACACAGAAGUUGGCGAGGUGGUGUUCCAGGUAUCAGCUUCUGAUAAAGACAGCUCAGAUCAUCAUUACAAUACAGUGUACUUCAAAAUCGCAGGAGGAGACAAAGAAGGAGUUUUUGAAAUUGCUGGUCUAAGUGGGAAGAUAACUUUGAAAAAGCCACUUGAUUUCGAGGGAUCAAGUUCGUAUUAUUAUCUUAAUAUAACGGCAACGGAUGAACAUGGUGCACCCACGGGCAACCAAAACUGGACAGUGGUGACCAUAAGAGUGUUAGAUGCUGACGAUCUUCCACCAAAGUUCUCUCAGUAUUUAUAUGAAGCGUUGAUUGAAGUCGAUACGCCACAAGGCCAUGAAAUCGUUAAAGUGCUCGCUGAAGACCAAGACUCGGUGAAGGCUCCAGUCUCCUAUGCAAUAUAUCCAGAGAGUGAUCCUGACAAGUUAUUCACGAUCAACAACAUAACAGGCUCAAUUACAGUAAACAGUAAUCUUACUCGAGACUCCUAUCCCAUCAUAGUAACGGCAAAAUCAGCCAAUCAUCCUGUUGCAUUUGCUUUGGUCAUGAUAAAUGUGGGUGCAAUGCCAAAUCGAACAUUUGAGACUGUGGUGCUGGAAAACGAAGCUAACACAACAGUGUUUGACUUAAAGCCUCUGGAACAAUAUUUUAAUGUAUCAAACCCUGUAUUCCAAAUUCAUCAAGGCGGUGAGGAUGACAAGUUUUUCAUCAAUGGAACGUCAAAAGAGCUCAAAGUCGGCCCUCAAGCUUUGGACAGAGAAGAACAGUAUCAGUAUACUUUGGUUAUAGAGUUACUGAGCAAUGGAAAAAACAAAGGAUUUGCAAUGAUAAUUAUCAAAGUUUUGGACGCUAACGAUAACACUCCAAAAUUCGAGAACAAGGCGUCGGUAAGUGUAGGAGAAGACACAUCACCAGCGACUGUUGUUUUCACAGUAGCGGCACGUGACCCAGAUGCUGGUCAGAACGGUAUAGUGAUGUACGAGAUUAUAGCAGGCAAUGAACAAGGAAUCUUUGCUUUGAAUAACCAAACCGGAGCGUUAUCUUUGGUGAAACCACUUGAUUACGAGUCUGCAGUUCAGCAUACACUCAACAUAUCAGCUUCUGAUAUGGGACAGCCUCCACGCAAAGCCUUUAGUAACGUCACGAUUCACGUGAUAGAUGCUAACGAUAACUCUCCAGCUCUUCAAGCGAGGAUCAUUCGAGCUUCUGUUUUGGAGGUAACAAGUUGUUUUGAUCAUAGUUUAGUUCGGCUUAAAAUAUUAAUAUAUUACAAGGUACACGGGCGAGGAGAACAUGGACAAUUGUCAAUUCAAUUCUCAGAACUGACUUUCAAAGAAAUCUCUUACAACAGUAAGGAGAAUUUACACUUUACAUCGAGGUUGAAAGGAUUAAUCUACUCUUCAAGCGAGGAUCAUUCGAGCUUCUGUUUUAUCAGUGGUAAUGGAGCGGGACUGUUUCAUGUCGAGCCAUAUACGGGUCACGUGAGAGUAGCAGCCUCGUUGGCUGAUAAGGAUGGGUCAAAGUUCACUUUGGAGGUCAGUGCUUCAGAGGGAGGGCAAGAACCAAGUACCUACGCUACUGUGGAUGUCUUCGUCCUGCGCGAUAAAGAUUCUAUUCUCAUAAAGGCAGGAGUGAUACCAGAAGAGAUAACAAAACACCGACAGCAGUUUCUUAGGAUGCUCGAAACCGUAUCUGGAGGAAAAGCGUUUAUCAAAUAUCUACAGCAAGAAAAUGGCGAAAACGCGACUGUGGUGACUUUUCACGUGGUGAAAGAUAAGCAAGUGAUGCCAGCCACUGAAGUUAUAAGUUCUUUGUCAGACAAUAAGGAACUAUUGGAUAGUACUUACAAACAGUUUAAUAUCCAAUGGUACCAGCUCCCCGACGGACCGUCAUCUCCUGAGGCUCGAAAGGGGACUGAGAACGAGUUAUCCGCUGUGGUUGGAGCAAUGAUUUGUCUUGGUGUAAUUAUUGGGGUUGGAGCAAUAAUUAUGAUAAUUAUAUUGAUCAUGAGAAAACGGAGAGGUCAAAGUCCUUUCAAGAAAAAGAGAAAACCAAAAGUGACUUUUAAUGACAAACCCUUCUUCAUUGACCCUGUUCAAAGUGCCGUGACGUCAGACCAUGUAGAUUCUGCACAGGAAGCUCAAGAGGUUAUAAUUCACAUACCAGCAGAGGAAGACAACAGUUCAUUGGAAGAGAAUGACAGCAUCUCUCACGGUGUUUCUAGCUUCAUAAAUUUUGGUUACGCUGCUGCCAUGGCGGCCAUGAACGACAGAGAUUCAGAUGAACUUGAUGACAUAGAUCACGAGGCGUUCUUUCCUCCUCCCCCCAGGGGACCUCCUCCGCCACCGCCGGACUCUGACGAGGACGACAAGGACGACGAGGACGACGACGAGGACGACAAUGAGGACGACAAUAAUUCACCUGUUGUCUUCCGCCGAAGUGAUUACGAAAAAGGUAGAGAUAGUCCGGGGCUCCAGCCUGCAGAUUACGAUGGUGAUGUUGAUGGCAUGGUACUAAGUAACUCUCCUUCAGAUUCCACAUCAGACAGCACAGAUCAGUUAGUAAUAGGUUCUCCAAAAGUUUCAUUACCUAAUGGUUUGUUCUUGAAGCGAUUUUCUUUGACCGAAGACACUACUGAGCUUUAAACAAGAUCGACAACCACAUAAUCCACUGACAGUUAGAUACGGCCUUUAUAGACUUUGACGCCGCUCCCUAUUUAGUAAAUAUGAUCGGUACAGAUACUGCAGAUACAAAAGUCCAAUAAUAGGUACGCUUCGUAAGGUUUAGGGCUGGCAGAUCCGUAUUUAAUGUUAUGUCAAUCUCGGACGGAAGAACAGAAGGAGGUCCUCAUACCGUGAGAUAAACGACCAAGUCAACUCACUGCAGCAAAAUGUUUCAGAAAUCAGAAAUCAACCAGCCUCUUAGUUACUGAUGGCAGAGUAAACAAAACUCUCUAAAAUAGGUAUUUAUUAGCAAUGGUACGACUGUCAAAAGUGAAACGUACGCAAUAUGUUUAAAUAUGUUUUACUUUAUCGAUUAUUUUAACUCGCCAGCGCAGUAAUCUUGCUUGUAAUCUUAUAGAUGGGUAACAAAUUUAGCAACAAAUAUACAGCCAACGAGCAUCUCAUGUACCAGAGUCAGCCGCCAUCUUGAAUAAGGAUGUAUGCCAACGGUGUUUCACUUAGUAUUUCAAAAGGGUCCUUCUCAUCUCCUUUCGUAACAAUUCAGACGAGAAGCUUAUAUUAACAUCGUACCAUACUACUUCUGGCUUGAAAACAUCGCCUUUGCCGAUGGACUUCUGAAUUUGAAGGUUAUAAUUGCAAAUAGUUUUGUUAAACAGAACGUAUAAAAGUUGUCAAAAUUUUUCUUAGAAUUCUAAGAAGUGUCCUUUCAAGCAUUUUUGUUGUUUUUUUGUUCUGCUCAGACGUCGACAGUGUCAAAGUUAAGUUUGUCUAUUAAUUCAAAUUCACGGUUCUCGAAGACUGAGAUUAGGGUGCCCCCUAAAGAAAGAGUUUACUCUUUUCGAACAAUUUUAUUAGUUCAUCCUGUGGAACUGUUAGAUAUCACAUAUUUUAUAUUUUUGAAAAGGUUGUAAGACAAAGAAAUGACUAUUUUUGCGAAUGUAAAUAUGAAUUACGUACUCUGAUGCUGUUUGUAAUAGCAUCUUGAAGAAGAGAGUUUUGAAUGUCUCAGUUUUUACUUUUAGUUUAUUCAGUCCACACUCAAAGUGCAAUUUUCAGUUUCAGUCCACAAAAUUAAUAAAAGAACACAAACAAUAAAACCAA